AUGCCCAUAAGUAAGGUAGCUGGCUAUUUUGUGCUGAAGAAUCUGAUAUAUCGGUGUCACUGCAGCAGAUGUGGGAUCGAGGGCAAGGUGCUCCACGUCAAGACGUGGAAUGACCAUCUGAAUGCUGAAAGGCGAAAGAUUAGCCAUCAACGCUACUCGGAUGUCUUAACAGUGUCUGCAUCUGGCUCACUGAUGACGGCUGACUCGCCGAUGACAACUGGCCCACCGAUGUCAGCUUCUGGCUCAAAUACUGAUGAUACCGAAAUGAUGUUCAACGAGUUCGGAAGUGGCUUAUUUCCCCAGCAACCUGAAUCUAACAAUUCAGAGCCAGAUGUAUUUCUGGUGCCGCCCUUACCCGGAUUUGUGAAUGACCACAACGAUAACUUAUCUCUGGAAUUCGAGGCCAUACAGCCUGGCAAUGAUGACUCGGCCGAAGAUGACGAUGGGUUCCAAACACCCAGCGACAAGGAGUCUACUUCCAGUGGCGUUGACAUCGAUUCUGGAUCUGCACCUCUAGACGAGGCCACCCUUCAGGCUGGGUCUUCUACCGUCCCUUCUCCCAUACCUUUGAUCCACUCUAUCUCUUGGUCGGGUGGUGUGGAUGAGAAUUCCCCAGACCCUUUCUCAUCCCAUGCUGACACACGGCCCCGGACAUCCUAUUCCACAACUCAUUAUUUAGCACCCAUUCGAAUUCUCUACCUUUUGGCCAUCUGGCUCCAUUCCUACCACCAUGUCCCAUUCCGAAUCAUAGGGGCCAUUUUGUCCAUAGUUCAACUUAUCCUCAGCGCUGCAAACUUUCAUCUGGAUCCAUCUACAGUCUCCGCCACGACCUUAACGACUGUCCACUCGCACAUUUCUCCCAAUAUGUCCUGCAUGCCAGGAAGUCUACCCCGAGCUUGA